AUGCUGAGCUGCACAGCGUUCGCCCCCUCAGAAAACCAUCGCCCCAAAUCCUACGUGCUCUGGAGCUGCAGCAAGAAACGUGAUGGUGGGCCUUGGCAGCCGAGGCAGGCACCAGCUCACCUGGGCACCGAGCGCAAAUUGCUGGGGCAGGGGAUACCCUCUUGGGGGAAUAAGAGGGAAAGGGCGAUUCUCCUGCAGCAGAUGCGAAGCGAAGUAGCUACAGACAAAUUAGCCCCCGAGAGGGGGAAAGGUGAUGGCCGUCCCAAGUGCGUCUGGCCAAGAGCCUUCCCCAUUCGCACCCCAGCCUCCCCGGGAGAAGGUCGUGCACCGAGCAAGCCUUCCCGCGCUCAGGACAAGGUCCAAGGUCUGGCGCCACAGUGCAGCACCGCGAGCGCGGGGAGGGGGCGCUGCUCCGCAACCUUCACCGCUGUCCUCCGCCACCCCGCGCGGCCCCGCCGCCUUCUCAUUCCUCCAGCUUCCCCGCAACCCCUGCGCUCCCGUGCGCGCUUGCUUGCUUGCCUGCUUCCUGCCGCUGUCGCCGCCACCGCUGCCCCGGCCAUGGCCACCUGCUUUUGGCUGCGGAGCUGCGGGGCCCCACGCCUCCUACUGGCGCCUCCUGGCCGUCGCCUUCGCCCCUGCGCGGACUGCUUAAGGCCCACAGUUGGGCCCACGCCCGGCCGGGCCCAGCUCCGCAGCUAUGCCAGGGGCCCGGCCGGCCUCUCCACAGAGCUGCUGCGCACCGACAGCUUCGUGGGUGGCCGCUGGCUCCCGGCCGCUGCCACCUUCCCAGUGCACGAUCCCGCCAGCGGCGCUGCGCUGGGCAUGGUGGCCGACUGCGGGGUGCCCGAGGCCCGCGCCGCCGUGCAAACCGCCUACGAGGCCUUCUGCAGCUGGAGGGGGGUCUCGGUCAAGGAGAGGAGUUCAUUACUUCGGAAAUGGUACGAUUUAAUGAUACAAAAUAAGGACGACCUUGCAAAAAUAAUCACUGCCGAGAGUGGAAAGCCACUGAAGGAGGCACAGGCAGAAAUUCUUUAUUCCGCCCUUUUCCUAGAGUGGUUUUCAGAGGAAGCCCGCCGCAUUUAUGGAGAUAUUAUCCCUAUGUCCCCAAAGGAAAAGCGGGCCCUGGUCUUCAAACAGCCCAUUGGUGUGGCCGCCAUCAUCACACCGUGGAAUUUUCCCAGCGCCAUGAUCACCCGGAAGGUGGGGGCCGCCCUGGCAGCCGGCUGCACUGUGGUGGUGAAACCUGCUGAAGACACGCCCUUCUCCGCCCUGGCCCUGGCCCAGGUGAGCCUCUCUUUGUGUGUUUGUAGACAGCCAACCACGUCCAUGAGUGGAUGUUUAUCAGGGGCAGAAAGGGGCAGUUUUGGAGCCUCCGUGAUUGCCUGCAUCUCCUGUGUGCUACCACGUUUUAACCGACUG